AUGGAAAAAGGGAGCCUAUUUUCCACAUUGAGUGACAAUGAAUUCACUGUCAUGUUGGAUUGGAAGACGAGGGUAAAAAUUAUCAAACAUGUAGCACAUGCUUUGUCAUACAUGCAUCAUGACUGUAGCCCACCCAUCAUUCAUCGAGACAUAUCAAGGAACAACAUUCUCUUGAACAAAGAAAUGGAAGGAUUUGUUGCCGACUUUGGAGCAGCCAGAUUGCUCGACCUUGAUUCCUCCGACCAAACCAUUGUCGUAGGAACUUUGGGAUACAUUGCUCGAGAACUUGCAUACAACAUCAUUGUGAACGAAAAAUGUGAUGUGUAUAGCUUUGGAGUGCUUGCGCUUGAAACAGUUGGAGGGAAGCAUCCUGGAGACCUCCUGACGUCCCUCAACUAUUUAAACCGGGAAGGUGCAACUUUGGAAAGUAUACUUGACAAGUGA